GACGCAUCCUCUCCCGCCAAACAGUGGUCAGCCGCAGUCCGCUAGAGGCGCUACGGCGAGCACAAGGUCCUUCUACGAUCAGCUUGAUGCUGACGCUCCAGAGCCAGUGCGUCACAUGGCGAGCCCCCACCAUGGCCGGUGCCGUCCUCGCCGCGGCCAGAUGCUCCACCAGGCGUCACUGCCGCCUCCUGCCAAUGCUGCCCCCAGCCACCUUCUCCAGCGGCAGGUGUCUGGCCACCGUUGCAGCCCCCACAGAGGUGCCACCCCGCUCUCCGUCUCAAGAGUGGCUCAGCGCGAGGCCCUUCGAGGAGAUACCCGGCCCGAAGAAGCUGCCCAUAGUCGGUGGCCUCUUGAACUUCCUCCCCAAGUUCGGUGAAACGGCAAAAAAAGAUUCUAUUGAAGUAGUUCAGGCGAUCAGGGACUACUACGGAGACAUAGUGAAAGUGGAUGGUUUUCCUGGAAAACCGACAGUGGUGAUGUUGUUUAAUGCAGAUGAUAUCGAGAAAUUCAUGUGGGUGGCCAGCGACCGGCGAGCACUGGCUGACCGCACCUCACCGGCGUUCCGUCCUCGACUUCACUGCUGCUGCAUCCCGACUGCACUGCUGGUCCAUCUCCAACUGACUAGUCAGACACACGACAACCCGGAAAUACUAUCGGUCGCUCCAGGGAGCGAUACGUGCUGCUGCUGCCGCUCACAGGCAUUCCGCAACGAAGGUCAGUUUCCAAUGAGGUCCAGCAACGAUUCAACCAUGUACUACCGGAAACACGUGAGGCCCGACUGGUUCCGCGGCCGCUACGGCCUCCUCGGCACUCAGGAAGAAGAGUGGCACGACUUCCGGCGCAAAGUGAACCAGGCAAUGUUGCAGCCGAGGUCCGCCAAGCUCUACGUGGGACCCAUAGACCAGGUGGCCGAAGACUUCGUCAACAGAAUGGUGCAGCUGAGAGACGAAAACCAGCAGAUGCCAGACGAUUUCCUAAAUGAACUCUGCAAGUGGUCCCUUGAGUCUGUGUCGCUGGUGGCUCUGGAUUCACGCCUAGGAUGUCUAGAGCCCAACCUGCCGGGGGAUUCCGAGCCCCAGAAGAUGAUCGACGCGGUCCAGGUCAUCUUGGACGCCACAUUCAAGCUGGAGUUCCGGCUGUCGCCCUGGAAACUCAUCAGCACGCCGACGUGGCGGCGUUACGUCAAGGCCCUCGACUUCUUCUACGUGACAUCGAUGAGACAUAUAAACGCCGCCAUGGACCGCAUCAAGACAAAGGGCAAGAACUGCACGGGCGAGUCGAGCGUGCUGGAAAGACUAUUGCUCCAGAACGAUGACCCUGGAGUCGCAUGUGUCAUGGCACUGGACAUGAUGUUCGCCGGCGUCGACACGACUUCCAACGCGGCAGCGGCCUGCCUGUACUACCUGUCCAAGAACCCGGAGGCGCAGCAGCGGCUGUUUGAGGAGGUGUACGGCCAGCUGCCAGAGUCGCAGAGUCAGCCGCUGACGGCCAGCAAGCUGGAGGAGUGCCGCUACCUCAGGGCGUGCUUCAGGGAGGCCAUGAGGCUGAAGCCCAUUGCGCCAUUCAACAUUCGACGGUGCGUGGUUGACAACCUGGUGCUGAGUGGCUACCGCAUCCCCAAAGGGGUGGACCUGAUGAUGGGCCACGCACGGUUGUCGCUGUCUGAGCAGUACUUCCCCCAGGCGGACCAGUUCCGCCCCGAGCGCUGGCUGAAGGGCCCGGACGGCCGGUCGGAGGCGCAGGACGCGCACCCCUUCGCCUCGAUGCCCUUCGGCUUCGGCCCCAGGAUGUGCAUCGGCAGGCGCUUCGCAGAGCUGGAGGUCUACACGCUGGUGGCCAGGAUUAUCCGUCGCUUCCGUGUGGAGUUACACAAUGAUGUUACGUGGAGGACUGUCCUAAUACAUCAAGCCGCUUCGCCUCUCAAGUUCAAGGUCAUCGACAGGGACGUCUGAUUCUCCUGUUGUGUUUCCUCUCUGUUCCCACGGAGAAAAUGUGUUUCGGCCACAUGAAACGUGUGUCAAAUGCAGCUGCAAUAGGCUAAUUAAUUGCUUUUGAGAGACUAGUGUUUCGCUCGAAUUCACCUUGAAGUUUUGACGAAUGACACACACGCAUAAAUAUUGUUCGUCUUCAUAACUAUUCAAAUACAUCUCAUUAUUUCACUUUCUAACAAUGGACGGAGAAACUGGCACAAAAUCUAUCUAGAUGUGUCUUAAAAUCUUAUUAGUUUGUAAGUUCCAACGCUGUCACUAAAGAAAAGUCUGCUUGUUUGGCUGCUUCCUUUGUAUUUGAACCAUUCACAGUACAUAUUUCCUUCACUGUUUUUAUGUAAUAAAUACAGGACG